UAACAAAGGGAGCGGGCUGCUUGGCCAAAGCGGGAUACACAGGGACUGAGGGGGAAAGCGGUGAGGAUCUGGAAAAGAGAUUAGAUUUCGCUUCUCUCUCAUCAAUUUUAUGGUUAAUGUCAAGCGGCUCCAUUGUGGGAGAAGAGGCACGUCAGCUAGCUAUAAAUUGGUGAGCGGAGUGGCAGUGCAGAGUGCAUCUGUUUGACCGGGUUCAUUGCCUCUGAUACUGUAUGGAGACAGGUAGAAGGAACCCUGUUUGAGCACCAUCUAUCAGCAAAGCAGAGUCAAUCCUGGACAAAAUACAAACCUACUAGAUAUUCACAACCGAGUUUUCCCUAGGAAACAUUUUCGAUCUGCCGCCUGCGCCGGCCCGAGCAUGGAAGAUUCGGCUGGCUGUAAAACUGAACGCCCAGAUGAGCUUGGAUCCGCUUGAAUCCUUUCCGGAGACUCGCUUGGCUUUGUGGAUCUGUAUAUUGAGGGUGAUCUCAGUCCGUUAUGGACGGCAGGGAAUUCGCUCCUCCUCCCCACCUCCUCUCUCAUGCGCUCGGCGUGGAAGCGGCCAGGGAGCGGGGCGCCCUGGCUCACCGAGCCGUCGGAAGAAUCGCCUCGACCGGCCACAGCACGGCUCCGCACCCGGCUCAUUUCCAACCUGCGAAAUAUUUUCCAUCUCCCCUCCCCAUGGCCACGCAUUCAGGCAACGCACUGAUGGGAAACCCGUCAGCCACAUUCAUGGGAAGUUUCCUCGCCAGUAGUUUGGGGUCAGCACCUGCUCAUCCCUCGGGACCCACGUCCUCCCCCUCCGAGCCCGCCUACCGCAAUCCCCACACAGCGACGUCGCAGAUUUGGUUUUCCCACUCCAACGAAGUUCCAGGAUAUUCCAGAUUUUCAAGCAGUUUGGCCUCCACUUUCCUUCCCAUGAGCCAUCUAGAUCACCAUGGCAACGGCAACAGUGUACUCUACGGGCAACACAGGUUUUAUGAUUCACAAAAAGAUGGUUUCUAUCUGAGGAAUCUGCCAGGACAGCCAACCCUGCUCUCCACCAAUCACAGCUUCCCUUCCAUUUCCCGCGCGGCCCCGCUCGGCUCGUGCAGCCGAGACCGAGAGAUGAGCCACUCUCACAAAGCCACCAAGGAUGCCGACAGACUGCUGGCUGCCAAGGAGGCGGGCAAGGAGCGGAUGAGCAAAAACGAAGGCAGUUCAAUGAGCAGUCAAAGGACUCACAAGGAGAGACACUCGGAAGAAGACGGAAAAGAUGGACACAAGAUAGUGCACCCUCUGAUGCCAGACAUUAGAUGCAAGGAAGACCUCGCACACAUGCAUAACAGUAUGUGCGAAAACAGAAGUAAACAAUUCAAUAACUGUUUAACAAACUCCAAAGUUAUGAAUGGAGAUUCCAGUAAGACUUUAUUAGCAAGCUGCACUAAUAUUGGUGGGAUUUUACCAAGGCAAAUGGACAUCCAUACCCCAAGCAGGUGUACCAAAGAGAGCUUAAGGUUUGAGAGGGACUUCAGAGAAAAUGUUCCCUCUGGUCCAAUGCAUAUCGAGUGCUCGGACAGUUGGCAAACUCCGCACCAUUCUGUCGCAUACUCUGUUCCUUCUUCACUGUCCAACAUUCCUCCGCCAUCUAGCACAGGCUCCGGAACAUUCCCCUGUUUGCAGGUUCAUUCCAACCUCGACCUUUUUUACCCGACUCAAGACAAAGCUGGCAGGGAGCUCAAGGUCACCGGGCCUACCUACGUGCCUUCGGUGGGACAUUUUGGUGACAAAAGUAGACCUUUUCAAGUCACCGGAGAGAACUGCAAGAUCAACAGAAGUCUAGGGAAGGAGAAGGGGCACGAGAAGAACGCAGAGAGGCCUGACGUUGGCACUGCCCCUAACUCGCACGCGCAUCUGAAGCUCGACGGGAAAGGAAUGGAAUGGCCGCACAACUCUGCCAUUAAAAGCAAGCAGCAGUGUGGCACCAGCACUGGUGCACAGAUGGUGAUUCCCUUCACGCCUCAGGCAGCCAAGGGCCCCUCAGGGAAAGGUAGCACUUACGUCAUGCCGCAGACUCAGGAUUGUUUCUGUUCCAGGGAGCUGGACACUUGCUGCGCCAAACUGACCCACUCCGGAUACAUGCUGGAGCGGGAGCAGGGUAAUGACACGCAGGAGAAAGCUCCUAAAGACUCGCAGGGGCAGAAAGUGGCCAGGAUACGGCACCAACACCACAAGCUUCCCGAGGUGGAGCACAUAGGGAGUGGUUCGGAGAUGAAGAGAAGACCCCCGGAGCUCAGUUGUAUGAGCUACAAUGGAUCCCACAUACCGCCCUGGCAGGGUGCCCAGAUUCCGAUGGGCGAAGACCGGAAGAGUUCCUACCUUGAUCCCUUCAGUUCAAGUUUACAGCAGGCAGCAAUGUUGUCGCAAGGAUCGGUGCUGAACCAAGACAUGCUGGCUCAGACGGACGAAGUCUCCGCCAUGAAGAGCCUGCUGAAGUACAGCAGCUCCUUUCCCCCAGGCACGCAGGCCUUGAUCGUGGGGCAGAAGACCCCGUUCGGGGGUCUGGGGAACAUCAGGGCCAGCUGUGUCCACCAGGAGAUCAAGCUGCAAGGCGGGAAGUCGAGCCUGGAUUUGGAGCGUCUAGACUGUACCAAAGGAAGGGAAAACGAGUCAUCUCAGGGCGAUGGGGAGGUGCGGCAGCCUCCGGUUGGCAUUGCGGUGGCAGUGGCGAGGCAGAAGGAGAACCAGAACAAACACGAGGUGCCUUGUGGUGCUGAAUCCAUCCGACAACACAGACACCUUCCUGGAGUAAAAGGGUCAUCGCGAUCUGCCUAUGUCAUCGACUUAGAGAUGGAGGAAGAAAACAAUCAUUACCGUGAGGAGAGGAUGAGCCUUGCGCGACUGGAUAGGGAAAGGGACCACUUACUCCGCAUGGCCACUUCUAGACGGGGACUGCCGAUUCUUCCAGUUCAAACAUUCCAAGGGGAAAACAAAGACCUUGUGGAGCUUGCACGACUCCGCCAAUCCAAUGGUUGUCCUGGUGAACUGAAUCCGAACCUGAUGGUCACAGGAGGGCCAUCUCUGCAAGCAAAUCAGCUGGCGACUGAUCCCAGUGCUCAUGCUCACCUUACACCUCCACAUUGGCUGCCAAGGACGGGCAGUCCUUCCAUGUGGAUGGGUGGCCAUUCAUACGGAAUUGGUCACCCAGCCCUCCAUUCAAAUCUACCACCUGGAUUCCCAGCAUCGAUGCCAAGCGCCAUGCAGACAGUAUUCCCACUUUCCCAAGACCCUUCAGCCCAGCUUGUUAUCCUUCCCACCGAGCCACCAGCACCACACCCGACUCCUCAUCACCUCGCAGAAGUGAUCGACCCUGCACAUUCCCUCUGGCCGCCCAUCUAUCCAGCCCGAGCCCCUGCCCCGCACAUGCAGCACCCCGGCCAGCUCUCUGUAUACCCUCGCUCCCAGCUUCUCCGCCAGCAGGAGCUCUACAUGUUGCAGCAACAGCAUCACCAACACCAACACCAUCAGCAGCAGCAGCAGCAGCAACAGCAACGGGCACAAGCACUUCAACUCCAGCGGCAUGCACAAGUAGCGGAUCAGCGGAAGGCAGAGGAACCUCGAUUGGAGGCAGAAGAACACACUUUAGAGAGGAGCAGGAGAUCACACAAAACAGUUGCCUUAAACUCCCCCAAGAGUCUAUCUUCACCUGUUAUAUUGCCAUCUGCCAUGUGUUCUGCCAAACUCUCACCCUGUCAUCAUUCUCCUUCUUUGAGGCCGAGGUCAGGAUGCCCCACUCCCCAGCCCACCGCCGUGUGUCCAUUGCCUUCUUGUCCCACUCCUGCUCCGGCCAUCGUCCCACAAUCCUCAGUGGCCAGUCCUCCUCCUUCCCAGAGUUCCGCAGGAAGUCAAACAGCCGCAAAGCGAGUGGAUGGAGAGGCAUCUCAACAUUACCCCGAGUCCUUUGAGCCAGAGCUUCCACCUGGCUACUCGUACACACCAGUCACCAUGGGCUAUCGCUCCCCGACUCCUCUUGCACACUCUGCCGACCCCGCAGACGCUGAAACUAUGCAACCCGUCCCCACAGCCGCCGAGCCGGAGCAGUCCCGAACCAUUGCGCAUGGUGCCAAAAUCCACUGUGACACUCGCUCGGCCCUGACGGAGAGGGCGAGCCCACGUGAACAGCAGAUCACAGCAAACACCUUGGAUACUGUCGAACAAAAUGAGCACAGCCUUCUCCGCAGCUCAGAGGAGAAGGAGACGGCAAAUGCUUUGCCAACGGAGAAUUCAACUGUGGAGCAACUUGAGCCAUCUGUGAAGGAAAACGUGCCGUGCUUAAGGCAUCUGAUUGCUUCUCAGGGAAAUGACCCCGAGGGAAGGCUAGAAGGAGAAGAAUGCAGGGGACAAACUUCAGCAGUUGGCUCGGCCCACUCAACCGUUGAGCCCACGACCUUAACCAACAACACACUGGAUGUAAGAAACUCUGAUCACUCGAGUUUGGUACCUGAGGCGGACUUAAGGAUGGAAGGCGGCACUGAUGAGGAGGCCGCACAAGUGAAUCAGGAUGAGGAUUGUGAAAGUCACCGCCAUGCCUCGGAGAGGGACGAGGUGCUCAAGUGGAGGGUGGACUGUGUGGCGGGAAUGAAUGCCCUGGUGGCAGCUGGUCUCAGCAUGGGAGAGCUCCUCGCUUUAGAGCCCGACUUUGCCAACAUCCCCGUUCCACCUUCACGCCCUGCAACGUCAACCUUUAACCCCUGCUCAGGGAUGCAUGGUAUAGCUCUGCUGAGUGAAUUGGCCGAACUGGAACAGCGGCAGCAGAACUACGAUGGCACCGCCCAAGGGGAAGACGAGGCUGUGCUUACUCACGAUCUCCAGAGCCUUGCAACUAUUGCUGCUGCAUGUGCAUUGGUAGAGGCAUUACCCAUCGAAUUGGACGACCACCACAUUGACACAGAAGCAAGCAAGUCCUACGUAGUUCGAAUCCCACGAGUACUGAAUUUACGGAGGAAGUACUCAUGGCGGCCAAAGGCGGAAACGGUUUGUCCUUUGAAAGCUGCAAUUGACGGUAUGGACACGUUGGAGCUGGAGAUGAGGAUGAGACUAGCGGAGUUACAGAGGCACUACAAGGAGAAACAACGGGAGCUGGCUAAACUGCAGAGGAGACAUGAUCAUGACAGGGAUGAGAACUCAAGGAGUCCUGCAAGGCGUGGGCCAGGACGUCCGCGGAAACGCAAACAUCUUUCCACGGUUCUGUCUUCUCUGGGACAACUGAGUGAACUUGAGAAGUGUGACAGCAAAAAAGCUAAGUCCAUCAGGACGGGUUUGACUCUCCUCUGUGAGGAACUGAGGAAUGAAGUGGAGCCCAAGAAGAAGAAGUGCAAACUCGCUGGGAGGGAAGGCAAAGACCAGGAAGAUGGUGACCAUAAGGCAUGCUCAGAGAUUAAGCCGAGAGCAAAGAAAGACACUCCGCAAGUCAGCCUCGUGUCGAAGUUGGGAAAGUACAGCCCCAGUACAAAGCCUAAGGUGCUGGCCAAACCUGCAAAUAAAUCGCACACGGCGGCCAUCUUGAAGUCUGCCAGCAUCGCCAGUCCCUUCAGAGCGAAAGUAUCAGCCCUGCCCGGCAAGAUGCAGAAGCAACUGGGAAAACCAAAGAUGUUCCCGGUCAGUCACAGCCAGGAGAGAGCAAAGCAGACGACAGCAGCUCCUGAAAUGGGCUUGAUAGUGGAAUCAGGAGAAGAGGAUUGCGUAUCAAGCACUAGAGCUAAUUUUGCAAAGAACAAAGUGGUUCAGAAGGCUCACUCCACCAUUAAGAAGAAACCUGGCAUUCAGCAAAAGAGAAAGGCAGUUGGGGUCAACGUACGGAAAUGCACCAUUAAGAAGCGGAAACUGGAGGUCCAGGCAACACUGCAUGAAAAGGAAUGGAUGUCGACAGAGAGCGAUGGGUUCUCCUCAGAUGCUGCUCCAGAUUUGAGUGAGGAUGAGCACAACUAUAACAGUGCAGAUGGCAGUGAUGGCACUCUUGAGUUGGCAGUGAAAGACUCCAACGUUGGACUCCACACAGACUACUCGGCAGCACACACCGCCACAGAGACCGAUCCAUCACCAUCCUCCAUCGUCAAGCUGGAAGCCAACCAGAAAGCAAAGAAAAAAAAGGAACGACAAGGCCUUUUGGGAAUCCUUGGUUUGCCCAGCGUGGAUGGGGACGUGAAGAUCAAAAAGCGCCCCAUCAAGCACAGCCAGGACGCCGGCAGUGCAGUGAAGAAGAAUGAGAGGCUCCCGGCAACGAAGAAAAAGGGACUGAAGGCAGAGGAAAAGAACAAAAAGCUGAAGAACACAAAGGGGGGAGCGGAGGUAACAAUCUGGCGCCGAUGUGAAUCUGACCGCCGGCCACUACUGCACAGGGAGAGGUUAUUUCCCAGUGAAGCCUCUCUACCUGCAAAACUACCGUCCAGAACGCAGGCCAAGAAAGCCACACCCAACAGGUGUAAAAACGUCACCCGGACGAGCAAGCUGCUGCAGGCUACGUUCAAGAAGUCAAGUGGACUCUGCAUAUCACAGAAAGGAACAAAUUCCACUGACUACCAACGGAAUCGGCUGAACAAACUCAAUAGCAAACUCCCGGUGAAAGAGUCAAAAGGCCGAGCUGUCAGCAAACUGUUGGAGAGCUUUGCAGCGGACGGUGACUUUGCAUUUGAUGAUGACAGCAGCUUCUCUGAGGAAGAUGCGAAUGCCUCUGUGAGCUAUUCAGCAGAAUUGUACGUUCCUCAGUCUUGUGCUAUCAGUAAAGAAGAUCUUAAAGAAGGACUUCACAUUCUCAUACCAAAGGAAGACAAACUGCUGUACGCGGGAAGUGUUAGAAUUCUUCAGACACCUGACAUCUAUGGUGUUGUGAUUGAAGGAGAAAGAGGAAACCGACAAAGAAUCUACUCCCUGGAGCAACUGCUACAGGAAGCGGUACUUGAUGUCAGGCCUCCCUCUCGCCAGUUCCUGCCUCCUGCCACCAGGGUCUGUGCUUACUGGAGUCAGAAAUCCCGCUGCUUGUACCCAGGAACCAUCAUUCAAACAGGUAGCUCCAGUGAUGAGGAAGAAGAGGACAGAGAUGACUUUGUCACCGUGGAGUUUGACGAUGGUGAUGUGGGACGCAUUUCUCUGUCGAAUAUCCGCCUUCUGCCUCCUGAUUAUAAGAUACAGUGUACAGAACCUUCUCCGGCUUUGCUGGUGUCCAACGGGAGGCUACGGGUCCGGAGAUUCCCGGUGGAAAGGCGAGAAGGUGUAGUGAGCAAUCAGAAUCGCUCUCUGGAUGGCCACAACCCCGCAGAGCUGAGCAAAAAAUCUGGCAAGAAGACUUUCUUAAAAGGGAAAGCUGAAAAAGGAAAAGGAGUUUCAAACUCUGAGGUAUCGACGUUGUUGAAAGGGGAAUACAUGCUGAGUAAAAGGUCGGAAACACUGAUAAAUUGGCCAGGAAUUGUUCAGACAAAAAAGAAGAUCUCCAACAAGAACACCAUGAUCCUAGAGAAUCUGUUUGAGUUUAACGGGAGCACGAGAAGGAUGAAGGGUAAAGAGCGCUUCCUCCCCAUGCACGGCCUCCCGCCUCCGGUUUUCAGCGGUGGCUUCAAGGUGGACUCCUUCAGUAGCAUUGCCAGCACGUUUGGUGCCUUUGGGAGCAGCCCUAGUCUGAUCCCAAACCCCAAGCCCCUGAAGUACAGGAAGAUGGAGAAACUGGACAUACCCAUCCCGAAAGGUGGGAAGAGAAAAGCAGAAACGGAAUACCCUGUAAAAUUAGAUCACGAGGGCGUGAUGUCUCCCAAAACGAAGAACGGAAAGGCCUUGAUGAUGAGCGAGAAGGAGUUUGGGGUGAAGUCUGGCGCUGUCUACUCCCAGGCAGCUUUGCUAAGUAAGGAACGAAACAGAAGGAUAGAACUUCUCAAAGGAAAACAUGCUCAACUACAAAACCUUCCCCUCAGCUUGGCCAUGAAUGAGUACACUGGCCAGUCAGAGUUUGCGAUGGACUGUGACAGUGACAGUCACAGCUCCCUCUCCGACAUGGAUGACGAAGAUGAAAGCAGAAACCUUCGGCAGAGCGUCACGUCGAGAUUCAUGUCCAGACUCUCCGUCUUGUCUUCGUCUUCUGGGUCUUCAUCCUCCUCAACAUCUGGCUCUACCUCCACAUCCAGCCUAUGCUCGUCAGACAACGAUGACUCAUCCUACAGCUCCGACGAUGACUCGACACUCUUGCUACAAACCUGCAUGACCCGACCUGUGCCAACAAUGCUGGCCUCCUCUGACCCGCGGCAAGCAGAGGCCAAGAUCGCCCCUCACUCCUUCUCUGUCAAGUCGGUAAUGUCCGCCACCAAGAUCAAACAGAGGAGGCAGGAAGAGCUACGACUUCAAAAGGCCAAGGAGGUAUCAAAGAGGCAGAGAUUGCCGUCUGUGGAGAAUCGUCCCAAAAUCUCCUCUUUUCUCCCAGCACGGCAGCUAUGGAAAUGGUCUGGAAAGCCAACUCAGAGGCGAGGCAUGAAAGGGAAAGCAAAGAAACUUUACUACAAAGCCAUCGUGAGAGGGAAGGAGACGAUCUGUGUGGGGGAUUGUGCGGUGUUCCUGUCCGUCGGACGCCCAAACCUCCCGUACAUCGGCCGGAUAGAGAGCAUGUGGGAAUCGUGGGGAAGCAACAUGGUGGUCAAAGUGAAAUGGUUUUAUCAUCCUGAAGAAACAAAACUGGGCAAGAAGUGCAACGACGGCAAGAAAGCAUUGUAUCAAUCCUGCCAUGAAGAUGAAAACGAUGUACAGACUAUUUCCCAUAAAUGUCAGGUAGUCGGUCUGGAACAGUACGAACAAAUGAUAAAAACCAAGAAGUAUCAGGACAGUCAAGACUUGUAUUACCUGGCUGGGACCUAUGAUCCGACGAUAGGCAGAAUCCUCAAUGCAGAUGGAGUACCCAAUCUCUGUUAA